UAACGAUAGUGUUCAUUUUAAUACUUUGUUUACACAGUUUGGAGCCGCGACCUACAUUCCAACGGUGGUAGAUCUCUACAGAGAAGCCGCCGCUCAUGGCACUUGGCCGUGGCUAUCAAGGAGUCGACGCAUCCUCCAGAUUCGUAGGCGAAGGGCGCUGCAUGCUCGCAGCAUGGAGAGCCCUUCGUGUCCGCGGGAGCCCGUAUCUAUAGACUCCCAUAGAAUCCACCAACGAAGAGCUUGCCAUCACCAAGGACUCGUCCAUGCAGCUCCACUGUACCGGAGACCCUCCGGUAGCUCCUCGCUCCAUGUCAGUGUUGCCCUAUGGCGCUUACCUCCGUCCCCCCGUGCAUUCAAGCAUAAGUACUGAUACCGCCAUGUAACCGCUGUGAAACGGUCUCGGACAAGUUGUUUGCAAUGGGAUAGCAUGGACGCGUUUAUAUGGCAGCGCGGGAAACUCAUCGGUCGGGGUCGAUACGGCAAGGUGUACGUCGGCAUCUUGCUCUCGACCGCCACGAUGAUGGCCGUGAAACAAGUGCGCGUGCGGGACGAGAGCGGUCUGGACGAGAUCGAAGGAACGUUCGUGCCCGUGGAAGAGGAGUCCAUCGAGAGCAUCAUGGAGGAAGUCCGCAUCGGUCGAUCGCUGUACCAUCCGCAUGUGGUCGAGUACUACGGCGCUGGUACUCACUGCACCCUGGUCCAACCUCCAUUUCUCAUAGUGGUGAUUCCAUAGAACAAGACGGCAACAUCUUCAACCUCUUCAUGGAGUAUCUCCCCCUCGGUUCCAUCAGCGGGUAUCUCCUUCUUCCUCUCCAUGCUUACUUAUCAUUCUCACAUGUAGACUGCUCAAGGGAUUUGGACCGUUGGAUGAGUCCAUGGUGGCUGCGUAUACGUACCAACUGCUCCAGGGGUUGGUCUACCUCCACAGUCGCGGCAUCGCCCAUCGAGACCUCAAAUGCGCCAACUUGUUGCUGUCCGACUCGGGGUGCUUGAAGAUCGCCGACUUUGGCGCCGCCAAAGAGUCGUCGUCCCAUGCCAUUCCAUCGACGCAUACUCGUACGAGUAUCCAAGACGAAGGGUUUCACCACAGGUAUACUACUAGUUCGUCGCAAGAUGGGGGGGUGGGGUCUCCAUAUUGGAUGUCACCCGAGAUCAUCCGCGCGGACGGCCGCGGCAGCGACGGCUGGACCAAGUCGGACAUAUGGAGCGUCGGGUGCUGCGUGAUUGAAAUGGCCACUGGCACGCCUCCUUGGGUACAACAUACAUACAUUCAAUACUGUUAUAUGGUCAUCAUGGCUGCAUGUCAGAGCAACUUUUCGAAUCCGUUGACGGCCAUGUUCCAUAUUGCGUCCGACACGGCGAUUCCUGAGAUACCGCCGCACGUGUCGCAUGCUGCCCGUGCGUUUCUCACGCAGUGUUUCAUCAAAGAUCCGAGUGUUCGUCCCACGGCCGAGUCGUUGCUAAGCAACUCGUUCUUUGCAUCGGUGCCCCCAUUCGGACCCCAUUACAGGUGGUUCAAUGACAUGACCAAGCCAUUAGAUGGCGGGUCCUGGUGGUUGGAUCAACACAUGCAAGUGUGGACGUAUGGCGUUCGGGGCAUCGGGGGGUGGUGGCUCACGACUGAGGACGACGGAACAUGGACGUGGCAGCCAGACAUGUCGGCCGUUGCGGUAGAAAUUGCUACGUAUUGGCUGUCCAUGGCUCGGCAAGUCGUCCAUAGAAACCCCGAAACUCCGAAACCCCGAAACCCCGAAUGCCCACCUUGGCGCACGGUGCGAGUAGUGGCCGACUACAUCGCGGCAGACGACACGGAGCUCAGUUUGGCCGUGAACGACCUACUGGUAGUCAAGGACAUGGACGAGAGUGGAUGGUGGCUCGGCACCGACAGUCGCGGCGGCGGCGACGGCUGGUUCCCCUGCACAUACGUCGAGUGGGUGGACGGACCAAGUGCGGAGACUGGGCUGGGGGUGGUGCGGGCACUGGGAGAGUACGAGCCCACGACGGACGGAGAGCUGCGUCUGACGGAUCAGGACCUGGUUUUGGUGCUGGAGGCCCCGCCGGACGGAUGGUGGCGCGGCCGCCUUGUCGUUGAGAGGGGGGAAGCGGACGGAUGGUUCCCGUGUACGUACGUCGAGUGGCUGCCGAUGGUGGUAGCGACAUGGACGUCUUCCAAGGAGGACGACGACGGGGGGGGGCUGAAGGUGCAGAGAGGCGAUCGAGUCGCCGUCGUGACUGCCGACGAUGAAAAUGGAUGGACGUUGGGGCUGGACCUGUCGAAUGGCCAACAAGGAUGGUUCCCCACAUCUUAUUUGACUCCCCCCCUCACGCUAAAACAACAAGAAGACAGCGAAGAAGAAGAAGAAGAGUAUGUGGUCGAGUAUCUAGACGUGUGAUUCUACUAAGUAUAUUUAUAAGCGAUGUUGCUCGAGUUGAGCCACCUCCAGCAACUGUGCGACGAUCUCGUCGUUGGAA